AACGGAAUCUCGUUGACAGUGCGCUAAUAUAAAUAAAACCAUUCCCCAAAAGAUUCGUGGCUGCGUGCGCAUCCUUCUCAACCCGGGACCGAAUCUUUGCGUGCACCGAUUCGGCAGACGAGGUUUCAAAUUAAACUGCCAACAUCAGUAGCAAACAGACGGUAACUGAGUGCGGUUCGGCAUACUUCUUAACGAAGAGUGUUCAUCACUUCAUCUCCCUUUUCAGCAGCAUCCGGCAGAUCAUCUGAACCCGAAGAUUGUGUGUGUGAGUGUGUGACCGUAUGUGAUAAAGUGUUGUGAUAAGAAUCGAACGAUAUCUCAGAGUCGGUUAAAGGAAACUCAAAGCAAAGACAGCAGUCGCUAGGAAGCACAAUGUCUGGCGACACGCAGCCUAAGAAGCGAAAGGACAAAAAGAGGAAGAAAGAUGACGAAGAUACGGUCAAGGAAACGACUGUCCAUGGCCCGAAGCAACCUUCAGCCGGAGCAGCCCAGGCCGCCAAGGAACCGGGUGAUAUUCAGAUGCAUAUCCAUAGCGAUCACGGUACCGGUGGUCACUGGUGUGCGAAGGUCGUGUUCUUUGUCCUGUUAGCCGGUUUGGGUGCACUGAUCGGACUCAUCCUGAUGGAAAGCCAGGGCGUUUCGAAUGACGAUACGCCACUAUCUGAAUCGAGGUACUCUGAAUUCUUCAAUGGUUGGGUCGAUGAAACGCGACAGGACGAUCACCAUCACGAUGAAAUACUGGCCGCUAUCAACUCCCUGGACGAUCAUGAUGAUGACGGCGGUGACGAUCAUCACGCGGUAGAUGAUCACGAUGAUGAUGAUGGGCACGAUCAGGAAGACGAUCAUGACGAUGGUGCACCUUACGCGGAGGAAGAAGAUCAUGACGAUGAUGAAGACGGCACGGACGUACAGGAUGAUGAUGAUGAAGAUGAAGGGCCAGCCCAAAAGCUAGACGACGACGAAGUGGAAGAUAUCUUCAUCCAGCAGGAGGCCGCUGCUCAGCAACAAGCAGCAGCGGCAGCUGAAGACGACGGUGAUGAUGACGAUGAUGGGCAGGACGAUGAGAAUGAUGAUGAUGAUGAUGCCGUAUUGACAAAUACUAAGACAGAAAAGAACGAUAAACUUGACAAUGAUAAGGAUAAUGAUCACGAAGAAAAUGAUGAUGAAGACGACGGAAAUGAGGAUGAUGAUGAAGACGACGGAGAUGAGGAUGAUGAUGAAGCUGAUGGAGAUGAGGAUGAUGAUGAAGCUGAUGUAGCAAAGGAUGACGAUGACGAUAACGAUGAUGAUAUAGAAAUAGUGAGCAAACAAGACAUAACUGAACCCGUCGUGAAAACCAAUGCUGCUGCAGGAAAUACAAACGCAAAGGAUGAUAAUGACGAUGAUGGCGAUGACGUGAAUGACAUUGCUGAUGAUGAUGACGAUCAGGAUGAUACACCAUUCGAUGAAGAGCAAUCUAAUGCUUUGAAUGAUAGCACUAACCAAAAAAUGCAAACGCUUGAAAAUAGUUCUACCAACGAAGACACUCUGCAGUCUUCCGUCCAAAACUCCAGAACUGAUGACCGUGAACCUGAACAAAAUCAGGUACAACCAUCGCCUACCACGCCAUCAACCGAAGAGGCUGUAACGGGAGACAUAUUAAAAGAUCAAAUGGAUGAGUUGGUACGAAAUUAUAAUAAGCUUGCGGAGUCGUUAAACGUACCGAAAGUUAAUGAAGUUCCUGAUGAUACUCAUGAGACAGUAAUGCAGGACGGGGACGACGAUGGUGAUGAGGCAGAAAUUGAAGAAGUCACUCGUGGAUCUCAAACAGCAAACGAUGACGACGAUGAUGAUGGGGAUGACGAUGACAAUGCUGUGAAUGAAGAUGACGACGACAAAGUUGCUUUUGGUGAAUUUGUUGACAACGACGGAGGAGAAGAAGAAUAUUUGGAAAAGGUUCGCGCUGAACAACAACGUCGUGCAGCUGAAGAAGCACGCAGAGCCGCAGCCGAGCCAGUAGAGGAAUCCUCGCAAAUCCCCUCGAGGGCUGAAGAAGCUGAUCGGUCCUAUCAGGAAGAAUUAAGAAGAGCAGAACAGCAACUUGACGAGAACAAACCCCAGGAAGCGCUGGCCAUCUUCGAUCGUAUUAUCCUGCGAAAGCCCAACAUUAUCGCGGCAUUAGUCGGCCGCGCACGAUGUUUGGAUGCACUGGCCGAGCAACGACGCAGUAACACGGUGCUGACCGAAGCGAUCACCGCCUAUCGAAAGGUGCUAGACCAAGAGCUUGCGGUGGAUGAUGCAACGCUUAAAACGGUAGCGGAACGAUGCAUCGAUCGUAUGCGCUUUCAGGGUCAGCAUGCGAAAGCGAUCGAGGUGCACAAGGUGCUGAUUCGACGAUUCGACAACGAACCCCAGUAUCGGAAUCAGCUCGCCGUUAGCUAUCUGUACAUGAACAGACUGGCCGAAGCAAAAGCCGUACUCCACGAAACUUUACUCCGUUGGAUUGACGAUGGAUUCGCGCUGGUACACUAUGGGUUCGUAUUGAAAACGCUGGAUCAAAACAUGGAGCUAGCUGCCCAGUACCUGCAGGAAGGCAUCGAUACAGAUCAUCCAGGCACGCAGGAUGGGCGAUUCUACUUCCAGCUUGGCGAUGCUUUACAACGGCUAGGGCGCAACCGCGAAGCACUGGACGUUUACCGAAAAGGUGUCCAAAAGAAGCUUUUCCUGUCGCUCUAUCAACGCUCUCUGUAUAAUAUAGAUGGGUUACGUUCGCGCCCGUUCUGGACGGAGGAACAAACGACAUACGCUACCGAGCUAGAACUGUUGCGUGCCCAGUGGAAAGAAGUACGGGACGAAGGUCUGAAAUUGCUGAACAGUGCCGGUGUGUUUGUGAACGAGUCGGAAAAUCUGCGCGAUCGGGGUGACUGGAAGCAGCUGGAACUGUUUUCCCGGGGCAGCCGGCUGGAGCGAAACUGCGCCCGUGCACCGCUUACUUGUCGCCUGGUGGAACAAUACUUUCCCGCAGCCCGAACGUGCAAACGCGGCCAGGUGAAGUUUAGUGUGAUGCAUCCCGGAACGCACGUGUGGCCACACUGUGGGCCUACGAACUGCCGAAUACGAGCUCAUUUGGGUUUAAGCAUCCCACAGGGUACUUACAUACGGGUGGCUGAAGAAACACGUUCCUGGGAAAACGGAAAAUGGUUAAUAUUUGACGAUAGCUUCGAGCACGAGGUGUGGCAUAACGGAACAGAGACUCGGUUGGUGUUGAUAGUGGAUUUUUGGCAUCCUGAUCUUACGGAAAGUCAGCGGCGUUCCCUGUCCCCUAUCUAGAGUUUUGGCUGGAUGUCGUCCUAUAGUAUGAGAAACAGAACCGAGAAUACCAGGCGUAGAACGCAAGUGCAUUUUUACCCUUAUUUUAUGCGUGUUUUUUCAUCUUAUUCUUGAUUUAUAGUUAGGAAAAGUUGGUGCCUUUUGCAAAUGCGAGUGAGUUUUAAACUAGUGUAGGGUAAAUAGGUGAAACGGAUAAAUGACUCAAAAACAAAAAAGGUGUCCUCGAAUCACACGCGUGUUUUCAACCAAAGUUAAGUAGCAAACUGUUCCUACCGCUUGAACUUUUCGUUUUACGGGUCAUCCAGGUAAUGUGUGUUAUUUUGUAAAGACAUCUCGAACAAAGGAGCCUAUAAAGACGAACACAAACACAAGGAUACGAAUAGUAGGACUGAAGGACCUGAUGGACUUGUAGGAAGAAUCGCUGAAUGUAUUGCAAUGAGGAAAUCGAUGGUAGUUUUCUAUUAAAUUUUAAAAACGGUGCUCGAAGAAGCUCUUAUAAAAUCUCCACAAUGUUAAAAUUAUGAAUCCUAUCGGAUGAUUGUUACCCAUCAGAAGUUGUCAUGUUAGAGGGAUAACUGCGCAGAAUUGCGCAAACCGUGCUCCUAAUGGGGAGAUAAAGAAAGUAUAA